GGUUGACAGCGACCAUAUACGCGUUGGUAUCAUCUCAUAUAAUCAGAUUGUCUACGUACAUUCGGAUGUCAAUGAAGCACUUAGCAAGGUCGAGGUGCUGGCCAGGAUUGAUGAGAUCCCAAGUUCAAAUGCGCUCGCUACUCAUACUCAUGAAGCUCUUGCCAAGGCCCGGAAAAUGUUGAACGACAGUGAUAGGAGAGAAACUGCAAAGCAGGUUAUAGUUAUUGCCACUGAUGGUCAAACUUGGUUAUUAAAGGACAACGUAGGUGGUUUCCCAGCAAAACACAAUUCUCCACUCACAGUUGAGCAGGCCAGGUUAGCCAAAGAGGAAGGUGCAGAAAUAUUCUCCAUAGGCCUACCAAACAGAGGAGGUGCUACAAAAGGAUAUUUUAACAGGGUGAGUGUCAGUUCUUGCGGAAUGAAGAGGAAGCCGAGAAACAGAAACAAGAAGUAUGACAUCUCCAUAAGAAUACGAGGUUGUACCUUGACAACGACAGCACAAAAUGACUGGGAACCUUCAAUAAUACUAGACACUAUAACCUAGCUUAACAUUAAAUGCUGUACAUACAUACAAGGGAUGGUGUGCCUGAUAUCUUAAAGCAACUAUCAUAUAUUCCAAUGGAGUGUUAAUAUUGAUAGGUAUAUUUCAAGUUGACACAUUUAUUGAGUGUCUGAACGUAAUGCUUUUUCAUCAAAUUUCCAUUAGACCAUUUUAUUUUCAACAAAAUUAUUUUUCCAAUGACUGUACAAACAAUUGCAGUUUGAUUAUCAGUUUGAAUUAUUUUCCCUCCUAAAUUGAAAAACAGGAUCUAUCUAAAGUGUCCUGCUAAAACUGAAUGUGCAAUGUUGCAAUUUAAUUGGUUAAAAUGACAAGAAACUGUCCAAGAAGCCCGUUUUGGAAUGUUAUGAAGAUUAAAUAUCAGUAUGUGCAAUUUUUGUACAAGGAAGAAGAAUACAGACCUGAUUUUUGUACAAUAAUAACAGACCUGAUUUGGUGUUGCCCAAAUCCAACUGCAGUUGAAUGUGAUUAGCGGGCAGCUAUCUUUGACAUAAACCCGGUGUUUUUUCACAUACAAUAUACUAAAGAUGAUGAAUGCACACUUUUCACAGUGUUUAAUACAUCUGCUCAAAUUCUCUCAGCUGUUAAAGACAUAAUUCUUUUACUAUUUGAUUAACACAAACUUUAUAAAGUUAAAUAUUCCGAAAUCAAUUGUUGUCACCUUUGAUAUAAUGACGUCAAAGUGAAGAAGAAUGGACCUAGGAAUUCUUAACAUUAUGUACGAAACUUUUUGUCACUAGUCCUUUGUUUUAUAUACGUUAAACGUACAAAUAUCAUAGUAUGGAAUAAACAAACACAUUAAUACAUAUGAACAUCA